CUCGAUUACAGGUGACAGAAAACAUCAACAGAAGUUCACACAGUGCUGCCUGCAUCUGUACACAUGGCAAGUCGAGGCAGUGUGAAACCCUUUGUGCACUUCAAUGCAAAGCAUGAUGCCGAAGUUCUGCGCAAGGCCAUGAAAGGCAUCGGCACUGAUGAAGACACUAUCCUCAUGUUACUGGCAGCUCGGUCUAAUGACCAGAGACAGGAAAUAAAAGCAGCUUAUAAAAAAGCUUUCGGAAAGGAUUUGGUAAAAGACCUCCGAUCUGAGCUUGGAGGGAAGCUGGAGGAUCUGAUUGUGGCCCUCAUGGCUCCACCAACAAUAUAUGAUGCAAAUGAACUCCAUAAGGCUAUCAAGGGAGUGGGUACAGAGGAUCAAGUAUUAAUCGAGAUCCUUGCGUCCAGGACAUGUGAAGAGAUUAAAGAGAUUGUCAAAGCUUAUAAGAAAGAACAUGGAGGAAAACUGGAGAAAGAUAUCAUGGGUGACACGUCAGGACACUACCAGAAGAUGCUGGUGAUACUCGUACAGGCGGGCCGAGAGGAGGGAGUGGACGAGAGCCGAGUGGAGAAAGAUGCAAAGGAGCUGUUUGCUGCCGGAGAGGAGAAAUUCGGCACGGACGAGGACAAGUUCAUUAAUAUACUGGGCAACAGGAGCGCCGAGCACCUGAGGAAAGUGUUUGAAGCCUACAAAAAGAUUGCCGGCUGUGACAUCGAGGAGAGCUUAAAAGAAGAGUGCACUGGAAACCUGGAAGCCCUGCUGCUGGCUGUGGUGAAGUGUGCCAAAAGUGUGCCGGCUUAUUUCGCUGAAUGCCUUCGAGAGUCCAUGCGGCGUGCCGGCACUGACGACGAGACUCUCAUACGCAUCAUGGUGUCCAGGAGUGAAAGGGACAUGCUGGACAUCAGAGCUGCUUACAAGAAGAAAUAUGGAGAUUCACUCUACGGCACCAUACAGGAAGACACUGAUGGAGAUUACCAGAAGGCUCUGCUCUACCUGUGUGGGGGAAAUGAUUAGACAUCAGCUAAUCUCACACACUAGUUUAAUUCCUUUACAACUCAUGUGUGUUUAUUUGUAUCUUUCAUGAUUUGAGCUGAAUUAAUCUAGUGUUCACUCUUUGAUGCUGGUGGUGUGAUGUUUGCUGAAUUGUUUUGAAGGUUUCAAAGUUGUGUGAAGACUUAGAAAAUAAAGGCUUGUGGAUCUUA